GGCAGUGAGUUGCCCGGGGAGGGCAGCGCGCCUGGGCGCUCCUUCCCUCCCCAGUCCUCCGCCCUUCCGCAUUCAGCCUCGGACUGGGUCGUUGCGCGGACCGGCUCCGGCUGAGCUGGGAGAGUUGGAGGAGGUGGCGGCGGGCCGAGGUGAUGUCCGGGAGCCCUCCCUUGACAGCCCGGGCCGAGAAGAGUCCCUGCAGGAGGCAUCGCCCAGGCUGGCAGAUCAUGGUGGCAGCAGCGGGGGUGGCUGGGAAGUGAAACGGAGCCAGCGGCUGAGGAGGGGCCCCAGCAGCCCCCGCAGGCCGUAUCAGGACAUGGAGUAUGAAAGACGAGGGGGCCGUGGAGACAGGACUGGCCGUUACGGAGCCGCCGACCGUUCACAGGAUGACGGCGGGGAGAACCGCAGCCGAGACCACGACUACCGGGACAUGGACUACCGCUCGUAUCCCCGCGAGUACGGCGGCCAGGAGGGCAAGCACGACUAUGAUGAUUCGUCCGAGGAGCAGAGCGCAGAGGAUUCCUACGAGGCCUCCCCGGGCUCUGAGACUCAGCGUAGGCGGCGGCGGCGGCACAGGCACAGCCCCACCGGCCCACCAGGCUUCCCCCGAGACGGCGACUAUCGGGACCAGGACUAUCGGACCGAGCAAGGGGAGGAGGAGGAGGAGGAGGAGGAGGAGGAGGAGGAGGAGAAGGCCAGUAACAUCGUCAUGCUGAGGAUGCUGCCACAGGCAGCCACUGAGGAUGACAUCCGUGGCCAACUGCAGUCCCACGGCGUCCAAGCACGGGAGGUGCGGCUGAUGCGGAAUAAAUCCUCAGGUCAGAGCCGGGGCUUCGCCUUCGUCGAGUUUAGUCACUUGCAGGACGCUACACGAUGGAUGGAAGCCAAUCAGCACUCCCUCAACAUCCUGGGCCAGAAGGUGUCCAUGCACUACAGCGACCCCAAGCCCAAGAUCAAUGAGGACUGGCUGUGUAAUAAGUGUGGCGUCCAGAACUUCAAACGCCGCGAGAAGUGCUUCAAAUGUGGCGUGCCCAAGUCAGAGGCAGAGCAGAAGCUGCCCCUGGGCGCAAGGUUGGAUCAGCAGACUCUGCCGCUGGGCGGUCGGGAGCUAAGCCAAGGCCUGCUCCCCCUGCCGCAGCCCUACCAGGCCCAGGGAGUGCUGGCUUCCCAGGCCCUGUCACAGGGCUCAGAGCCCAGCUCGGAGAACGCCAACGACACCAUCAUCUUGCGCAACCUGAACCCACACAGCACCAUGGACUCCAUCCUGGGGGCCCUGGCCCCCUACGCAGUGCUGUCGUCCUCCAACGUGCGCGUCAUCAAGGACAAGCAGACCCAACUGAACCGUGGCUUCGCCUUCAUCCAGCUCUCCACCAUCGAGGCAGCCCAGCUGCUGCAGAUCCUGCAGGCCCUGCACCCGCCGCUCACCAUCGACGGCAAGACCAUCAACGUUGAGUUUGCCAAAGGUUCUAAGAGGGACAUGGCCUCCAACGAAGGCAGUCGCAUCAAUGCUGCCUCUGUGGCCAGCACCGCCAUUGCCGCGGCCCAGUGGGCCAUCUCGCAGGCCUCCCAGGGUGGGGAGGGUGCCUGGGCCACCCCCGAGGAGCCACCGGUCGACUACAGCUACUACCAACAGGAUGAGGGCUAUGGCGGCAGCCAGGGCACAGAGUCGUCCCUCUAUGCCCAUGGCUACCUCAAAGGCGCCAAGGGCCCCGGCAUCACGGGAACCAAAGGGGACCCAAGCGGAGCAGGUCCCGAGGCCUCCCUGGAGCCCGGGGCAGACUCUGUGUCACUGCAGGCUUUCUCCCGUGCCCAGCCAGGUGCCACCCCUGGCGUCUACCAGCAGUCAGCAGCCGAGGCGAGUGGCAGUCAGGGCGCUGCCACCAACAGCCAGUCAUAUACCAUCAUGUCGCCCGCUGUGCUCAAAUCUGAGCUCCAGAGCCCCACCCAUCCCAGCUCUUCCCUGCCACCGGCCACGAGUCCCACUGCCCAGGAGUCCUACAGCCAGUACCCUGUUCCUGACGUCUCUACCUACCAGUACGACGAGACGUCCGGCUACUACUACGACCCUCAGACCGGCCUCUACUAUGACCCCAACUCCCAGUACUACUACAAUGCCCAGAGCCAGCAGUACCUGUACUGGGAUGGCGAGAGGCGGACCUACGUCCCUGCCCUGGAGCAGUCAGCUGAUGGGCAUAAGGAGACGGGGGCGCCCUCGAAGGAGGGCAAGGAGAAGAAGGAAAAGCACAAGACCAAGACGGCCCAACAGAUUGCCAAGGACAUGGAACGUUGGGCCCGCAGCCUCAACAAACAAAAAGAAAACUUCAAGAACAGCUUCCAGCCCAUCAGCUCGCUGCGGGACGAUGAAAGACGGGAGUCGGCCACCGCGGAUGCUGGUUACGCCAUCCUCGAGAAGAAGGGAGCACUAGCCGAGAGGCAGCACACCAGCAUGGACCUGCCAAAGCUGGCCAGUGAUGACCGCCCGAGCCCACCACGGGGACUGGUGGCAGCCUACAGUGGGGAGAGUGACAGCGAAGAGGAGCAGGAGCGCGGGGGCCCGGAGCGGGAGGAGAAGCUCACUGACUGGCAGAAGCUGGCCUGUCUGCUCUGCCGGCGCCAGUUCCCUAGCAAGGAGGCGCUCAUCCGGCACCAGCAGCUCUCCGGGCUCCACAAGCAAAACCUUGAGAUUCACCGGCGAGCCCACCUGUCAGAAAAUGAGCUGGAAGCACUUGAGAAGAACGACAUGGAGCAAAUGAAGUACCGGGACCGCGCAGCUGAACGCAGAGAGAAGUAUGGCAUCCCUGAGCCACCCGAGCCCAAGAGGAGGAAGUAUGGUGGCAUGUCUGCAGCCUCCGUGGACUUCGAGCAGCCCACGCGGGACGGGCUGGGCAGUGACAACAUUGGCAGUCGCAUGCUCCAGGCUAUGGGCUGGAAAGAGGGCAGUGGCCUGGGCCGCAAGAAACAGGGCAUCGUGACUCCCAUUGAGGCCCAGACGCGGGUGCGAGGCUCCGGCUUGGGUGCCCGAGGUAGCUCCUAUGGGGUCACUUCAACCGAGUCCUACAAGGAGACGCUGCACAAGACAAUGGUGACCCGCUUCAACGAGGCCCAGUGAGCAGCUCGGAGACCUGCUUGUACUUAAUGUUGGGUGUCUAGCCUGGGGCAGGGGAGAAUGAUAAAGUGAUGGGUGGUCUGAGCAGGGCCCUGUGCCUGUCUGCCAGCCCCACUCCCCAGCCAGAGAGGCUCUGACCAAGUCGGAAUGCGACUUGGUGACUUUUGUUGAAAAACUGGGCUGGAAUCAUGACCUUCUUUUUGUAAUAAAAGCCAAAAAGUCUA